AGAUUCACUGAGCCUCUCUACCCAGUUUUCAGGGUGUGGGUGAAGGGCUCCUCAGUGAGUGUGUCAGGUGUAAGAACUGAAAGAAAAGACUGAACGAGAGAUGCACUCUAUUCACCGAUGAUUGGUCUUCUUCUGAUCAAAGCAAUCAGUGAUCAGUUGGAGGUCUUUCAACCUUUUUACCAUUCAUAUGGAACUGUAUUAAGUUCUUUAAAUUCAGAGAAAACAACUGAAAACUAUUUGAACUUUACAUAACUGUCCUCUGUCCAGUGUCGCCGCACCUGAAAUCUUGAAUUAAAAUGGCAAAAAAGACUUUAUCUGGCGAGCAGUAGCUGUGGAGAUCGGUUCUUUAGGUGAGUUUAAAUAGUGUCCGCACAUGAUUUUAUGUAUCAUGGUAGAUUAUGUACAUAUACGUAUAUAUAUAUUUCAGAAUGGAAAAGUGAACAGUUGAAGCCAAGUGAAAUAAUGAAUUAGUUUUUAUUAUUAAUGAGGGUUCAACAUGUUUUUGUUUGUUUGUGUUUUAACUUUCCUGGUCAGGUACAUGUGGAAGAAAUCUACUUGCUGUUAACUUGCUGCUAUACAAAUUGUUUUACAUAUUAGCCCUCUUCACUGCCAUUCUUCACCUUCUUUGAUGAUAAUAA